CCCACCACAACGUGAAGGUGUUCAUCACGCACGGAGGCCUCCUUAGCCUGCAGGAGGCCCUCUAUCACGCCACGCCCCUCCUCGUCCUCCCCAUCUUCGCAGACCAGCCCAGGAACGCCAGGUUUGUGAAGGAAUCGGAACUGGGAGAUCUCCUGAUGUGGGAGGAACUGACUGCAGAUGCGAUUGUCGAAACUCUCGUCCAACUCACCAGCGACCCCAAGUAUAAAGAAAACGUGAUGAGGAAAUCAGCGGAGAUGAGGGACCAGCCGACGUCGCCCAGGGACCUGGCAGUGUUCUGGACGGAGUACGUCAUCCGCCACCGUGGGGCGCCCCAGCUCAGGUCCCCGGCUGCUCAGCUCUCCUGGGUGGAGUUCCUCAUGCUCGACGUCCUGCUCCUCCUCCACCUGGCUCUCUUCCUUCUCGUCUUCAUCCUACGUCGCAUCUUCAGGGUCAUCGCUGCUAAAGCACUUGGUAGUGGCAUUAACAAAAUGAAGAAGGAAUAGGAAUGUUUUAAUCUAUUGGAAUCUGUCAUUACUGUAGGACCGAGGAUAAUCAGUAAAGUUGAAUAUUAUAUACUAAAUGUUUGGAUCGUUUUCGUGGCAUAACUCAAAUAUUGCCAACUUUUUGAUGGAGAAGUCACGAAUAUAAAGGACACACAAUAUACUUGUACAAUCAUUUUUUGUUAAAGGUAAUAACAAUUUGGCGCUCAGUACUUCAAGCAGAAUAUUUUAUAAAAAGCUUGAAUGGGUACCGUUGCCAGUCUAUAUAUAUGUCCCUGCCUUUCUCUCU